GACUACAGAGUUUAUAAACAAACAUACAAGAGCAACAGGACCCCAUUUCAGUUACUCUUCCUAGCCUACUUGUCUCUCUUCAAUUUUUUAGAGAGAGAGGGAGAGAGAGAGAGAGAGAGAGAGAUGGAGAAAGGGAGUGAUGGGUUUGUUCGGGCAGAUCAAAUUGAUCUAAAGAGACUCGACGAGCAACUCGAGAGGCACCUCAACCGAGCAUGGACCUUGGAGAAAAAGCAGCAGCAGCAGCAGCAGCUGGACUCCGACUCCAUCGCCGCCGCUGUCGCCGCCGUCAAGCGGCCGAGGCACGACUGGGAAAUCGACCCGACCAAGCUCAUAAUCAAGGGCGUCCUCGCACGUGGCACCUUCGGCACCGUCCACCGUGGCGUCUACGAUGGCCAAGACGUCGCCGUUAAACUGCUAGACUGGGGCGAAGAGGGGCAUAGGACAGAAGCUGAAAUACAAUCACUGAGGGCAGCGUUUACACAGGAAGUUGCGGUAUGGCAUAAGCUUGACCAUCCCAACGUAACUAAGUUUAUAGGGGCAACAAUGGGCUCUUCAAGCCUGAGCAUACAAACAGAAAAUGGUCAAAUGGGCAUGCCAAGUAAUCUCUGUUGCGUUGUUGUAGAAUAUCUCGCGGGCGGCGCGCUGAAAUCUUACCUCAUAAAGAACCGGAGAAAGAAGCUAGCUUUCAAAGUAGUUGUACAGAUGGCACUUGAUCUCGCCAGAGGGUUGAGUUACCUCCACUCCCAGAAGAUUGUUCACAGGGAUGUAAAGACAGAGAAUAUGCUUUUAGACAAGACACGAACAGUAAAAAUUGCUGAUUUUGGGGUUGCUCGCGUUGAGGCCUCAAAUCCUAAUGACAUGACCGGGGAGACUGGGACUCUUGGUUACAUGGCUCCUGAGGUUCUAAACGGCAACCCAUACAACAGGAAAUGCGACGUGUAUAGUUUUGGAAUCUGUUUGUGGGAGAUAUACUGCUGCGACAUGCCAUAUCCAGACCUUAGUUUCUCAGAAGUGACAUCAGCCGUGGUCCGCCAGAAUCUGAGACCAGAGAUACCAAGGUGUUGUCCGAGUUCUCUGGCAAAUGUAAUGAAACGAUGCUGGGAUGCCAACCCCGACAAAAGGCCAGAGAUGGACGAGGUAGUCUCACUGUUGGAGGCCAUCAACACAACAAAGGGCGGAGGUAUGAUUCCUCAUGAUCAGGCUCAAAGUUGUCUCUGCUUCCGCAAGCACCGAGGGCCUUGACUUGAGCUCAUAAAUGAGUAAUAUGGUAUAUUUCAACGUCCGAAGAUACAUAUUGGUAUUUGUGAAGGAAAAAGAAGUGAGGAUUUUCGGAGCUGACGGAGGUGAUUAUAGGCUGGGGAGCUCUGCUACAUAUCUCUUUGUUGGACACUGUAAGCCUUUUCUUUCUUAAUCUUCUUCUUCUUCUUCUUUCUUUUUUUUUUUGAGUUAGCAAAUGUGUAUUUGAUUGACUGGCUCCACAUAUCCUCUAUAAAAUCACACUUAAUAUUCUACUAGCAAUACAAUCAGAUGACUGGGAUUGUGAGGGUAGCUGCUUGCUCAAGUAUAGCUCUGUUGCCUCUAUGAUAUCGUCCGGGUCAUUGAAUUUUGUUUCUGGACCCUGUAUGUUGUACUACAACAUUUUGCUCAUUUGUGUUUCAGUAACACUUGUCAUUCUGUAUAUCUUGAAGACUGUUUUGUCAUAUCAUAACAAGGUGCUUUCGGCAUUA